CUGGACAGAAUGUUCGCUUCGACGUCACAAAGAAAUGAUGAUGGUUUGCGGGCGUCUUACAAUAUCUCGUUACUUAUAGCGAAAUCCGGAAAACCGCAUACUAUCGGAGAGAAGUUAAUUUUGCCAGCCGUUGAAGAGGUUUUAAAAACUGUUUUACACAAACCUGCAUCUGAUAUCAUUAAAAGAAUUCCCUUAAGCAACAAUACUGUUGAAAGACGUAUUGAUGAAAUGAGUUCUGAUAUUGAAAGCUUCUUAUGUAAUUAUUUGCAAACGACCCAUUUCUCUAUACAACUGGAUGAGUCAACUUUACCUGAUAAUACAGCAUUAUUAUUGACAUAUGUUCGUUUUAUUAUGAAUCAAGAAAUCUACGAAGAACUGCUCUUCGCAAGAACUUUGAUAACUGACACUAAAGGUGAAUAAAUAUUUCAUGUUUUGAAGGAUUACUUCAUUGAAAAAGCAAUUCCUUUAUCAAAUAUAAUAUCAGUAGCUACACGUGGAGCACCUGCCAUGGUUGGACAAGAAUCGCUUUUACCAGUGAUGGAAGAAUGUUUGACAUCCGGCCAAGAUUUUGUGUUUCAGCAAGAUGGUGCAGCGUGUCAUACCUCAAAAAAGGCUAUAAAAUGGAUGGAAGAAAAUAACGUACCACUCUUGAAAUCGGUUUCUAGCAGUCCAGAUCUGUCACCUAUUGAAACUUUGUGGCACGAGAUGAAAAAGGUUCUACGACAACAUCCUGUCUUACAAUCACCGAACUGA